CAUCCGCCGUUCAUAAGUUUUGUGCGUUGUAAUUGUUUGCGUGUUGUAUGGAAUUAUUAUUAUCAAAUUCCAUUAAAUACUACCUAUCUAAUUAACGUCACUAGCAUGUAAACUGUUCUAUUAUUAUUCCUGUUCAAACAGAGGCAGUAUUUAAAGAUACAUUAUGUUGGGUAAACUAACCAUCAUCCUCAUGUUUGUCGUCCAGCUAAAUUUGCCACUGUCGGCGAUGAAGGCUUGCGAUUUAAGGCCAAACGGUAUAACAACACCGAAAAGCAGAAGUUCGCAUCCUUUUAGAAUCGUUUUCAAAGGGAACACUGAGACUUAUUGGCCUGGAACAACUUAUACAAUUAUAUUACAAAGUGUCAAAACUACGCAAACGAUGACACCAAGUUUUAGUGGUUUUUCUUUGAUGGUGGAAGCCGAGGAUCACCGAAACUACGAUGAGGAGAAUGAAUUUUUCGCAGGUACUUUUCAACUUACUGGUGAUGUGAGAACGAAAAUUAGUGAAGUUUGCCCGAACACCAUCACUCACACGUCGAUGAUACCAAAAUCGGAAAUACAAGUGUUUUGGGUAGCUCCACCGUCUGGUAGUGGCUGUAUAUUAUUUAGGGCCACCAUUGUGGAAUACCGUGACGUUUGGUACAUGGACGACGAGCAGCUGAGUAAAAGGAUAUGUGAAGAAAGCAAUGAAAGCAACGACGAUAAUUCCAACGUAGUAUAUGAAUGUUGUGCAUGCGACGAAGCAAAGUUCGAGCUUACUUUUGAAGGGCUGUGGUCAAGACACACUCACCCAAAAGAUUAUCCGGAUGAUAAUUGGCAAACCAAAUUCAGCGACGUCAUAGGUGCUUCGCAUACAAUUGAUUACAGGUUUUGGGAACAAGGACACGUUGCUUCAGAAGGGAUGAACAGCAUAGCUCAGUAUAGUGCUACGUCUACGUUGGAAUCCGAACUGAAAUCUAAAAGCGAUAAGAUCCGGACUAUAAUCAAAGCACGAGGUAUAAGUUAUCCUAAUGUAACUGGAAGGACUUUUGCUGUGUUUCGAGUGGACCAAGAACAUCAUCUGGUAUCCGUCGUAUCAUUUAUGUAUCCGUCGCCGGAUUGGUUUGUCGGGGUUUCGGGCCUGGAACUAUGCUUGCCCAAUUGCAAUUGGAUCACUAACAAAACGGUCAACUUGUACCCAUGGGAUGCAGGCAUCGAUAGCGGAGUGACGUACAAUUCAUCCGAUAUGCCGACAGUGCCUAGAACGACCGUACAAAGAGUUUGGGUGGCAAUGCCUAACGAAACUAGGUCUCCGUUUUACAAUGAAGACGGUGUACCGUUAAAACCGAUAGCUAAGUUACACCUUACAAGACAACGUCUCUAUGAAAAAAGCUGUGUAGAAGAGAAUAUCAAACCGGAAUCGUCUGCUUGUGCUGUUGGUCCUUGGUCCGAAUGGGACACGUGCACGGCAACAUGUGGCAGAGGAUACACUAAUAGGCGUAGACAGUACCUCAAUCCAGAAACUUACAAGCCUCAUUGUAGUGAACAAUUAUUGCAGCGCAAAGGAUGCUAUGUUCUCCCUUCUUGCACGGAGGAUGUGGAAGAAAAAAUGAAAAUAGAUCCGAAAUGCGAUACGACUGCUUACGGUAAAUGGUCAGAUUGCUCUGACGAGUGUGGUAAAGGUGUAUAUGCUCGAUUUCGAUCACUUUUGAACAUUGACGUAACGCUAAAUCACUGUAUAAAUCAAGGGGUGUCGUUGGAGCAAACCGUAGACUGCCUGAUGAAACCGUGUAUGGACGAUCGAGACAACACGGAUUUGGACGUGUUGUGCAGCAGCUGUCGGCUUUCAAAUUGGUCGACAUGGUCGCCGUGUAACACUACUUGUGGACCAGGGAGUAGGGAAAGAACCAAAGUCUACAUGGGUGUGUCUGGCUCGUCAGACGACUGCGACCCGCGUUGUUUCAAACAGAUAAUCAACUGCCCCGAUAAUAUGCCUUGUGAAACUACUCAAGAAGUCGAGGAUACCGGUUCGUACGAUAACGACGAAAUGCUAAAAAAGUAUAAUGUCUCCAUACAACGCAUUUAUCAAUUUACCAAAAUAAAACCGAUUUUGUGUAACACUUCUCGCGUUUCUUAUUCGACUACUGCGUCACACCAAGAAAGUACUUCCGAAUCAUCGGCUACUAAUGGAAUAGAUGGAGAUACUGAAGCUGAUGUUUCGGAUGAAUCCGAGUGUAAGAUGUCUAGAUGGGAAAAGUUUUCAAAUUGUAGUGUAAUGUGUGGCCUCGGCUUUAAAGAACGAACACGAGAAAUAAAAUUUCCUAAGGAUCCGCUAGAACAAAAGAAAUGCCGAAAAAAGCUGGUCGAUCGACGGAGUUGCCGAGGGAAACAGUGCACCUACCGAUUAACACGGGACUACCGAAACAAGUGUAAGUAUUCAGAGUGGUCAGAGUGGUCGCUGUGCUCGGCGCCAUGCGGCAUGAACGCCGUUCAACAACGCACCAGAUUACUUGAAGAUCCGUCUCAAAUGUGGUGUACCGACAGAUUAGAACAACGCAUUUGCUCGGCAUUAGCUUGCAAAUCUUAUUAGUUAUGACUUGUCCACAAUUCGUUUGUUAUAGUAUCUCAAACUUCCGCUAAUCCUAAUGAUAUUUUAUUGUGCUAUCAUUAAAAUAUUCACUAUCUAUAAUAAAUAUUAUAUUGUUAAAGAUUAAAAUUGAAAAUACAUAUAAUAUAUUGUGUCGAUAUAGCGUAGCAAGAAAUAGCUUAAUAAAAAAAUGCAAUUAUUAAAAACAGUAUAAUAUACCGUUUUAUAACCUGCGUAAUUUAUUAAUAAGGUCUAAAAUUCAAACUGCGUACUAAAUUGUGUGAACUAUACGAUUUCUUAAAC